AUAAAUUCAUACAGGAACUUAUCAGAUUCACUAACGAAAAGGUCAUUACAAGAAACUCGAAGCCACUCUCCCCAGAGCCUGCAUGGUCCUCAUCUGACCUUUACAGGGAUGAUAUCAACUACAUCCAGACUCAGAAGGGAGACAAAACAUAUCCUCAUGGUGUAAUACAUUUUAACAUAAAAUUAUAUAUUGAAACUGGCAUCACAUAGAGGAGAAAAAACAUGUUAUUGAGGACUAAUUAUACAGGCUGACUUCACUGGUGGUUGAAGACUGCAUUCUAAGUUGUAAAUAUGCCCUUACACCUAGCUCUCUCCACUUCUCUUCCCAUAAUUACUGAUUGCUUCUGUUAAUUACUUAAGCAAUAUAUUUUAAAAGUACUGCAGUCUUUCUGUGUUAUAUUUAUCAUUCCCCGUGAUACAUAUUUCUCCAGCUGUCUUAGGAAUUUGCUGCUGUUACAUCCCUGGCAGAACUGCGUGGAAGAUACAUUUUGGGACACUUUCCUGUUAUUGUCCCAGCAAAACUUCUGGACUAAUCCACCUCAAGGUAAACUUUCAAGCUGGAAAAUAAUAUCUAGAAAUCUGAAUAUACUUUUAAAGCUGUAGAUGGAAAAUAUUUUCCAGGAAUUCUCUGGAUACCAUGGAACGUUAGUCAAACCUUAUUACUGGCUCUACUCAAACCAACAUUGCUCAAAAUGUCCCUAUCACAUUCGAACAGGUGAAGAAUCUCGGGUUACCUUUGGAGAGUUUUAUGAAGCAUUUGGAUUUCCAUAUGGGCCAACAAUGCCCGAAAACAAACAACUCAUAUUUUAUGAAAUAAAGGCCUUUAACGGAGCAGUAAUACAAAAAGGUCAGGUUACAAACUGUACUUAUUCCAACAUUCAUGGUGAAUCUAUUCUGUUUGACAAACAUGGCUACCUGGACUCCUUUCUCUACAAACAUGAUUCAGUUGGCUACUUAACUCUUUAUGCUAACUUCACACCUUGCAAUGAGUAUGGCCAGUGCUGCAUUAGCAGAAUGUAUGAUUUAUUAAUUAAAUACCCACAGAUGCGUCUAGAUAUCUACUUUUCACAGAUGUACCACAUAGAAGAGGAAUUUCCUGUUGCUGUUUGGAACAGAGAAGCUUUAAAGAGUCUUGCUGGCCACUGGCCUAGAGUGACAUUGAAUCCAUUGAGUGAUGGAAUUUGGAAAACUGUUCUUUAUGGUUUUGUGAAAGAAGUUCCAGAGACCACUCUGUAUGAACCCAUUUUGCCUGCUCGAGCAACUGCUGACAGCUAUAAUGCAUACAUGAUACACCUUAUCACAGGGAUUAAGCCCUAUUUUGUUACUGAGCCUCCAGUUUCUCAGCCUCAAGAAACUAACUCUCUCCCUGAGUAUUACAGAGAGAAAAGACAUUUUAAUUCAGUUCCCUGGCUCCAAAAUGGCAACAAUAAUAUUUACCCCUUUUUUAUUCCCCGAAUGCCCUUUGUACUUCCAUCUCAUGUUCAGACAGAACUUGCAUCAAAACCUAAACUAGUUGUCCGACAUUUAAAUAUGCCUGGGAGUGUGAGCGGGGGAAAAGACUUGAGUGAGAGUUUUCCAAAUGUCAAAAAAAGUAAUGAAGUUUCAAUCACUAAGCAAGUAGUGAGGGGAAAGGAAAAAUCAUUAAUGGAGAACAGAAAGAAGAAAAGGAAAGUGUGAGUCAGAGAAGCAAAGUCCAAAAUAUAUGGUCCCAUAAACAAAACCGCAUGUAGAUAAUUCAUAAAGUACAUAAAAUAAAACAUAAGUAAUCUGACAUAAAUCUAUACAUAGUUGCACUACAUUUUACUAAUAUAGGGGUAUAUGUAUCAAAUCUUCUAAAGUGAGAAAUUGCCCAUAGCAGCCAAUAAUGUUCUAGCUAAUGUACUAGCUAAAUGAUAGCUAGAAGCUUAUUAACUGCUGUGGGCAACCUCUCCACUUAUCAUCUUUAGAAAGUUUGAUACAGUACGUCUCCCCCUAAUAAAGUGUUCCAUAAAUGCGGUGCAGCAAAGCUGUAUGACUGAUGCCUCAUUAUUCAUAUUUCAAAUUUAAAUAUGAAAUUAACAUAACCUGGAAAGUAUAUGCACUCCAUGGCGUAACUACUAUAGAGGUAGUAGUGCGUCUACUGUAGCCCAACAGUUUAGGUGGUCCCACAUUCCCUGUCAAAGUCUCACAUGUGUAUGUGCUUUUCACCACUGAUUGGAACAUGGGUGCACUUCCAAAACUUUUGUAUGGGGCCCACAAUAGUUAUGCACCCGUGUGUACUACACUAAAUAGAUAUUAAUAGGAAAAAAAAGCAAAAGUGAUAUGCAAAUGUCAAUAAAUCCCCAUUUUAUUGGCAUGUGCAUAGAUUUACAGGCCAACUUUUUAUGAUGUGCCAAACUAUGUGACCAGUGGAAAGGGUUGGGUGGCUCGUGGUGGUUCUUUGUUAAAUGCAGAUUUGGCACAUGAGUGCUUCCAGUUUUAUAUGUCAAAAUGCUUUUUUAAUUUUGCAGAAUUGGAUUAGUCCAGUCGUUUUAAAACUCUUUGUCAUUAAGACCUCAAACACUUCAUGUUUUUCAGGUCACCUAAACAGUUACACAGGUGUAUUCAUCACUCACUGUGGGUAAGAUGUACUAAGCCUUGGAGAGAGAUGAAGUGCAGGAACAUAAACUACCAUCCAAUUAGUUUGCUAACAAACUUGAAUAAUAACCCCCAUAAUUCAUUGUUUGUUUGAAGAUUUAACAAAACAAAAAAAAAAAACACCCCAAAAACUGUAGACUAGUACUUGGUAUAAUUGCCAUUACUGCAAUAGCAGCUUUAAAUUUGUUAUUUCUACCAGGAUUGCAGUUGAGUUGACGACUCUUGUGGACUGAUAUUUACAAAUAAUACCACACAGGGCCAUACCAUACAUAACGCUGCACGGUAGGGGGCGCUGUUGGUGGCACGUGGCAAUUAUCUGUUUUAUUUACUUUCACUUGUAGCUUCCCCCCUUUUUGAAGUCCAGCAACUCCUGACCGCCCCUGUCUCCUUUCCCCACCCCCUCCAAUGCUAAUACUUACACAACAUUUAUGAACUUAACUUGAGAGCUCUUUGUUAUUCAGUCAUUUGUCCAUUACUACAUUUCAAGAUGCUCACAUAUCCGGGAAUCUAACCCAUCACCUGUGGCAUUGCAGUCAGACACUCUAUUCAUUGAGCUAUCUGCCCUUACAUAGAAAGCUAGCGCAUUCUAACUACAGUAUUUGAAGCUUACCUUGUACUUUGUGAAAAAAUGAUCAGCAGUGCAGCUGAGCAGAUCUAUUUAAUGUGUGGCAGUAAGAGAUUGUAUGUGUGGCUGCACACUACAUAGAUCUGCUCAGUUGCAAUGCUGAUUAUUUUUUUACAAAGUGCAAGUAGCUUCAUAUAGUUAGAAAUCUUUAUAGGCUCAAAUAGCUCAAUGAGUAAUGUGUUUGACUGGAAUGCAACAGGUUAUGGGUUUGAAUCCUGGGUAUGGCAGUAAAUUAAAAUGUGUUAUUUAAUAAAGGGUAUUGUAACUGAAAAACGAGCUCUCAAGUUAAGUGCAUGAAUGUGGUUUAAAGAGGAUUUGUGUCCAAAUCCAUUUUCUUGCAGUGUGUGUAUAACAUAUAUUC